UGCAGACUCGUGGCCCUUUUCACACUCUCCCUCUACCUCACAGAUCCCGUCCGGGCCCAGGAACAAUGCUCAAAUGGCUUCCAGAUAGACCGGGUGACUGGGGAGUGUUUAGACAUAGAUGAAUGUCGGACCAUCUCUGAUGCUUGCCGUGGAGACAUGGUCUGUGUCAAUCAGAAUGGCGGCUAUCUCUGCAUCCCCCGGUCCAGCACAUACAGAGCACCGUACCGCACCCCUUACCUCCCCGCCGUCUCACCGCUGACUCCUCCGCUUUCUGCUCCCAACUUCCCGUCACCAGGCCGACCCCUCAUAUGUCGCUUCGGCUACCAGAUGGAUGAAAACAGCCAAUGUAUUGACAUCGAUGAGUGUGCGAGCGAAUCCCAUCACUGUAACCCCACCCAGGUGUGUAUCAACACAGAGGGCGGGUACACAUGCUCCUGUACGGAGGGGUACUGGCUCCUGGAAGGACAGUGCCUAGACAUUGAUGAAUGCCGCUACGGGUACUGCCAGCAGCUCUGUGCCAACGUGCCUGGUUCUUAUUCCUGCACAUGUAACCCGGGAUUUUUGCUGAACUCAGAUGGAAGAUCAUGCCAAGACAUUGAUGAAUGUACCACACAGAAUCCAUGUGUCCAAAACUGUGUUAACACGUACGGUUCCCAUUUGUGUCGAUGUGAGCCGGGCUACGAGCUGGAUGAAGACGGCAUCAACUGCACUGAUAUGGAUGAAUGCAGCGUUUCGGAGUUCCUGUGUCAGCACCAAUGUGUCAAUGAGCCUGGAUCCUACUACUGCAGCUGUCCGAACGGCUAUGUGCUGCUGGAUGACAGCCGGACGUGUCAGGAUGUCGAUGAAUGUGACACGCGGAAUAAUACCUGCACUAGUCAGCAGACGUGCCUCAACAUCCCCGGAACCUACAAGUGUUUGGAUCCCGUGAGAUGUGAGGAGCCGUACAUCCAGAUCAAUGACAAUCGCUGUAUGUGUCCUGUGGAGAACCCCACCUGCCGGGACCAGCCAUUCACCAUUGUCCAUAGACACAUGGAUAUCUUCUCCAACAGCCGGGUUCCUUUAGAUAUCUUCCAGAUGCAAGCCACCAGCCGCUACCCUGGAGUCUACUACAUCUUUCAGAUCAAAUCCGGAAAUGAGGGGAGAGAAUUCUACAUGAGGCAAACAGGCCCCAUCAGUGCCACGCUGGUGUUGACGCGACCAAUCAAAGGGCCACGUGAUCUGGUGUUGGACCUGGAGAUGGUCUCUGUGAACACUGUGGUCAAUUUCCGAGGCAGCUCCAUUAUCCGCUUGAGGAUAUUUGUGUCUCCGCAUCCGUUCUGA